GGCAAGCUAGGCAAACUUCAGCGCUCUGGGAAGGCAGCGAUGUGUUUCCCGCCCAUUUGUCAUCCGGCCACUCAUGUGCUCGGCUGUUUCGGGCUUCGACAGGGGGCCAGCGGCGUCCUUGUGUUGAACGCUCUUUAUGGACUUUGCUUAGUCAUUGUUCAUGCCUUGCUGUUGGGGGAGGUAGACAAGGAACCAGUACCUCCACGACAUGGCGCAUUGCGAGGGAUGCGGGGCAUGCCCGAAGGCAUGCAAAGAGGCCACAUGGAGGGAACCAUGCCACAUGAAGGCCCUGCCACGCCAGACAACGGAGUGGGUUGGCUGAUCCAACUUCUGGAUCUGGACAUCGGUUGGGGUCAUCGACUUUUUGGCUUUGAUGAUCAGAGUGAUCUCAUUGCAGGCCUCAUUUAUGGCGUCUUCAUCAUCGUCGUUUGUGCGUACACCUUUCAUCAGAUUAACAGCGUGCGAAUGGGUGGCGAAUGUUUGAACCUGGCCACAGCCAGUCGCUGGUUUGUUGCAUUUAUGAAUCUGGAGCUCCUUCUGUAUGUGGGCCUGGUCUUGGUGAAACUUCCAAUUCUAUGCAAGAUGCAGGCAGAAUUCAUGCCGAAUCUUACCAUGGAGUGCCAAGUGCAGAGAUUUAUGUUUCUUCAGCGGGUGGUGUGCAAUCUCGUUGCGGCAUCGUUGGCCAUUUGGGUUUUCUCGAGCUACUCCUUUUCCUUGACCUUUGGCAACGUUUCAAUGGAUCAGCCGGAGUUUGCAGAUCAGCUGGAGAUGCGCGAUGCUGCCUUCACAGGGAAGGUGCCGGAUCUGGGCCCAGCUCCACUUGGCAGCAUGGGUGGUCGACAGUCCUUUGCGCCACCACCAUACCAGACCAGACAAAGCUUAGCCCCUCCACAAUCAGCACCGCGAAGUCUCAAUGCGGCACCUGGACGUUCCCAAGUGGGAGGCCGCACCUCAUACCACAUUGGCAACAUGGCCCGUGCUGGGUCUUCCAUGGUCUCCAGUACCUCUGGCGAUCCUGAGACUCAAGCGUUGAUCAAACCUCCGCUGCACGUCUUCUGAUCGCGGGCUCGAGACAAUGCUGCCAGGGCAGAGAAGGAGGUGGAGGCACAAAGCCCACGCCAUUCAAAAAAAAACAAAGGCAG